GACGCAUCUGGCGUGUGCAGGCGUUCAGUGUAUUUACAGCCGUGCUCUGUGUCGCAUGUGUGUGUAUGUGUAGCCCACUCAGUCAUACGUGGUUGAAAAUACUGUAAACUUUGCUUUUGUGACGUGAAUGGAUUGAUAAACAUGAUGGAUUUCACGGAUUGUGUUGAGGUUAGCCGCCGGUUUCUCCCUUUCCUCUAACAAUGCUGGAGGUGCUCGUGCUAGGCCUAGUAGGCCUCACGUACACGUGCGUGCAGACGCUGUUCUUCCUCAACUGCCUCAAUUCCCGCAGAAGGGAGCAGCGCAGACUUGAAAAGGCCUACCGAGAGAGCCUUCGCAAGCUGAAGAACGGGGGGGAUGUGGCAUUGACGAAGAACGGCCCCUUCCAAGAAAGCGCGGAACGCGACCGCAAAGAAAACGGGAUCGACUUCGUCGUCGUCGACGUCGAAAACGGAAGUGAAAGAGGCCGAGGGCCUGGAAGAAGCCCUCGGGAGGAGGUAGAGGAGGAGGAGGAGGGGGAGGGGGAGGAGGAGGAUGAGGGCCAGGACCAAUUAGUAACCAGGCUUGUGGUUACGAGCGGCGAGGAGGUUUUGCUGCCCACUUCCCAGUCGGCUGCGGAAGGAGGAACUCCCCUACGCAGCGUCCUGGUGCACAAGGCCGUUGUCGAACUGAGCGACCCUUCUGCAGAAAAUGGACCUGGAACGCCUCCAGUAGUUUCCAGGGAGGCCCCUGGCUACAGCAUCACCGUCAACAGCAACAUGAUCGAAAUUAGCGGUGGGGGAGGGUCUGGCAAUGACCCGAAAGAGCCCAUUUACGAAAUGAUCGAAGGGGGCGAACCCUCGUCAAUCCUGACCGAGAUGACAGUCUGCGAAGACCAAGAGGCUCUCGCGGACAAUCAGGGCCCCGACAGAAAGCCCGUGGAAAGUGUGUCAGCGGAUGUGCUGGGUGGACUUCAACCCCGGGAAACGCAGUCACUCGUUAAUCGCCAUUCCUCUUCCACUACCACAGCUGACGUAGCCGAUGAAGAACCCGGAUUCCUGGACGUUCCAGACAGUCAGCUAGACGUCAGCGGCGUCUGCAGUAUCGAAGAUGGAUUGGAAAGUCUGUACGAGAAUGCAUACGAGCUCACAACAAGAGAGGACAUCAACCUCGUGAACACCAUUUCCCAAAUUUUGCGUAGCCCCCCAGAGUCCAUGGAGCCGGGGAGUGAACAUCUCGACGUCGAGUCACCUGAAACACGAACGGGUGGCUCUGAAUUGCGGGCAAAAACCGACAACCUCACUCUUUCCACUCGAUCUCAUUUAGCAAAUCGCUCGACCAUCGAACGCGGUGGAAAUGAUCGUCUAACCAGUGCUGGGGUUGAAGGCCCCCCGCUGAGUCAACACAGCCCCAGAGAAAGUUGCUCAGAAGUCACGCGUUACGGGGAAAGCCGCCAGUCGUUCACUAGACCCUUUCAUAAUGAGAGAGUUCCUGUGGUACGCCCUCCGAAGGGAAAAGGAAGUACGUGGACACUCCCGAGGGCUACUAGCAAGCGUAUCCCUGAUGGGCAUUACGCUUCGCUCAGCAGAACCAAAGCGAAGCCCUCGACAACCAACGGAGAGGCAACGGGAAAUAAGCGGAACCAAGAGGAACAUGGAAGCCUCCUCAGCGGGCAGACUCUACCGCGCCCCAGAGGCGGUCACCGCGCCAAGCGUGACGAGGCUGUUCUUGGGGGAGUCCGUAGCAGCACCCUCUUCAACAACACCUGCCAUUCAACCCGAGACAUGGCCGAGGCUGCUACUUCUGCCACUCUGCCUGUCGACACCAUCGCCGACAGCACCAAAACCACCAACACCGCGAACGCCACUUUCAUCACGUGUGGUGGUGAUGGUGGUGGUGAUUCCAUAUCAUGUGGCGAUAUGGCUGAAUACUCGUCCUCCCCUCUCAAGGAAUCUGGAACUCUUUCGCUAAAGAAGAAGAAGAAGAAGUUGCAGAGGGGGGAUCACAGUGACCUGAGGUUACCUGAUAAUGCCCUCAUACCGACGGGGAUUCCUAGUGACGACCACACAGACAGCGAGGAGUCUGCUGCAGAUUCCCUCUACUAUACAGCCAGCGACCACACGAACAGUGACGCCUACAGUGAAAUCAGGGGCGACAGCGAGGAGAGCUUCGAGGGGCUCCUGUACGAGGAGGCUCCAGAGGAACCGAGGGACGCCUGUGGCGUUGUGACAGACUCCUCAGACCGAAAUGGGAAAAUGUCUGUGAAUCGGAGUGGGCAGCAGAUGGACAGAAGCCAGAACUUGACUCCUCAUCCGUUUGAUGACGAGACGAAAGCCGCUGACGAGCUCAACAACAAUAAGGACGCGUCAGGGAAGAACAACAGAAACUCAUAUGCUACAAAGAGCGCAGAAACAACGGAAGAUUCGGAAAGCAUCGAAUCCGAGUCGCAUUACGAGUCAGUGAGGGACUUCGAUCAUCUUCGCGAUUCUGGUUACGAAUCGCCAGUCAAGGCCGACGUUCAUAGUAGCGACGAUGCGGCCUCCACUAUCAGCACAUCGUCCGUGGAGAACCAUUACGAAGACAUUGACCCAUCUCGCAUGGGGCAGGGCCGAGGACGACAGUCCUCCUCCUCCAAACGAGGACGUCCCCUGAAGGAGUCCCACAGCAAGGACUCUUCUCCCAAGAAAGAGGAGCCAGAGGACGAAUACGAUGAGGACGACGAGGAAAGUGUUGAAGCCAGGCAGCGUCAGCGCCUUCAGGAGCUCGAUGACUUGAUUGCUGGAGUACCACCUCCCGACUACGACUCCCGAAGACCACUGCCAAAUGGGAUCACGACGACGACUACGACGACCACCACCGACUCUCGCGCCGCCACUGGACGACCUGGAAAUAUUCCACCUCCUCCCGAAUUCGGGGACACGAGCAGCGGAAGCGGAGACUCCAUCACCGUCCAUAGGGCCGUUCAUUCCACCCACUCGGUGCCCCCCAACUCCUCCUCCCCCUCCUCCUCCCCCGUCGUCAGUGGUUCCCAACAACGCUCCCCUCUCCUGCGAACGGUCUCGGAACCCAAUCCCCCUCCUCCACCCCCCUUACCUGCCCACACCCCGUCCCCUAGGUCCUCCCCGGCUGUCAUGCAUCGCAUCUCCCCUCAGCUGAGGGAGAGUUCCUCCCCAAGGUUAAGUUCCCACGAGAGCUCCCAGAGGUCCUCUUUCGACUCAGGGGGCGGCCACUCCGACGGGCUGGAUGAGGAGAGCGUCGUGAGGCCCUCGGAGUUCAUCCGGAGGAAUUCGCAGAGAGGGGAAAAUGGAUCGUUCAGAGGCCACAAAAAGGUCGACCGCCCCGUCUCCCUCCCGCUCGACGUCGCGGAGCAUUAUGGGAAGAUCAUGACGAGUACCAGAGACAAGGCCCCAACCACGACGCAGGACGAUUCCUCGUCGGCCACCCUCCCGGCGAAACCCCACCUCUCCAACGGCAAGUCCCUGCCCUUCAUCCCCCCAAAAUUCCCCUCCCAGCCCUCCGGAUCCGGGCUGAUCAAGCCGUCGGAGUACCUUAGAUCCCUGGGGGGCACCACCACAGGAGGGCGGUUGCCCAUGGGAACCGACGUGAAGUCCCUGGUGGCGAUGCAUUCCUCCGAGGGUCUGUCGGCCUCCUUCGACAGCCAGGAUCACCACCACAGUAGCCACAGCGAUUCCCAGCCCGCUUCGAUGCCCGUGGGUCCUCUGCCGUCCAUUCCAGAGGCUACGGAAGAAGAGUCUUCAAGGAAUAACGCAGGGGCACCACCCCCUCCUCCCGCCCCUCCCGCGCCAGCAACGUCCGCGUCCCCGGCCCCUCCCACUUCCUCUUCUUCUUCCUCGUCUGCCAAUACGCUGAACAGGUCCAACACGCUGAACAGCAACAGCAGCAGCAAGAACAAAUCGAAGCUGCCAACCAUCAGCGUGACAGACCUGCAGAGUGUGCAGCUCCGAAAAACUGAGAAUAAGGCUCCCAAACCCACUUCUGUUCCUAUUCGCAUACCACUGUCUCCUGAACCUGCGCUGGCAAUCGCCAAGGACGACGUCAUAGCCGAAUUGAAGAUGGGUGUCGACAUCUCUGGCAUCAAGAAGCUGAAGUCGGAGAGAGCGAAGGAGGAGGUUAAACACUGCAAGAUGGAGAAGGAAGAAUUAGAAAAACAGUUCUCUGCCAUGAAUUUCGUAGACCAGAUCCCUGAGAAGGACAACGCUGGGAACAGGAUUCCCGAAUGGAAGCGCCAGAUGCUUGCGCGCAAAGCAGCAGAGAGGGCCAGGAAAGUAGCAGAAGAACAGCUUCAGCAGCAACUGGAGGAAAAGAGGCUUCAGGCUAUUCCUCCAUGGAAGAGACAGCUUCUGAUGAAACGCGACGACGACGGCAAGCGGAGUUCCCUGUAUAUCCCAAAGGUUGAAGAGGCCAAGAAAAUCCACGUAGUGAAUUCUCCUCAAGAUAUAACGCGACUAGCCCAGAGGCACGAAGUCCAGGACCUAGAGGAGGCGAGAGACAGCCAGAAAAACGGUCCCAGUUCGAGCAACAACGUCAGCGACACCUCUAGUCAAGAGAGGAAAGAGGAAGAAGAAGAAGAGGGGGCGGGGGCGGAGGAGGAGGAGAAAGAGGAACCUCAGAUGCCCUGGCGAUCGAAUCUUCGGAAAACCAGAAGCAAAGUUAGCUUGUUAGAAUAACGUAGAGCGAAGCAGCUUGAUGUGUUUUAUGUAUAAAAAGUAUUAUAUAUUGUUAUAUACUAUAUAAAGUAUAGCUACCAUCAUUAUAUCAUAUUAAAGUGCCACUGUUAGUUGACUGGGAUGGAGUUUUAUACCAUUCCCAAAAAUCCAAGCUCUUACCAAAUUGCAACUUUGCAAAAACACACACACACAUAUAUACUCUUGUAAUAGAGCAAGUCUUUCUGCAACUGUGAAGGCAUAUGUUAAACCUUCCGCUUGUCACAUGUUAUUCCUACAUUUUCUACAUAGGUGUGUAAGAUUUUUUUCAGAUUCUGUUAUUCUUACAGAUUUAGAAGAGCUCAUUAUAUAUGUAAAGAUAGAGUGUAUGUAUGUAAAUAGAAAGAUAUUAUAUUGUAUUCAUUGUAUAUAGUAUGUAUAUGGAAUGCAUGAUUUCAGUGUAUUUGCAGUCAUUAGGAUUAUACAAUAUACUAACCUUACGGAGAGAAUUUCAGUGCCAUUAUCCUGUAGUGAACGUGGAUAUUUGAAAUAAGCCUACGAAAGUAUCACGGUUAAUGGUUCGCAAAAUUCAUUGGAUCUGCUUCAACCCUUGGAAUUUGAUUUCAGAAAUAACGAAUGACAAUGUCUAACAGAAGAGUUUGUAGUAUAUAUAUCUGUGACACUGAAGCUUCAAAUAAAGCUUAUAACUAUUU